AUGCGACCGCGCGCCUCCUCCUCUCCCUCGGCGGCGGCGUCGUCGCCGUCGUCGUCGUCGCCGUCGUCGCCGUCGCGUCGACGAGCCGCGUCGACCGCGCCGCGCCGCGUACGCGCCGCGCCCCCGCAAGGGGCGGUCCUCCUCCUCCUCCUCACCUUCGCCGUCCUCCCCGCGCCGCGCGUCGCCGAAGCCGCGUCGUUCGUCGUCGAGAAGGCGAACUUGCAGAUCAUCGAGCCGGAUUCGAUCAAAGGGUCGUUCGACUCCGCGAUCGGCGACUUCGGAGUCCCGAACUACGGCGCGAAGAUCAUCGGCGAGGUGACGUACGACGCCUCCAACGCGCUCGGGUGCGGCGCGUUCUCGAACGUCUCCCGCGCCACCGGCGUCGGCCACAGCACCGUCGUCCUCGUCGACCGCGGCGAGUGUUUUUUCGUCGAGAAGGCGUGGCGCGCGCAGCAGGCGGGCGCGAACGCGGUCAUCGUCGCGGACGACGUCGACGAAGGGCUCGUCACGAUGGCGCAGCCGGACGCCGCGGACGACGGCGCGUCGAGCGAGAUCGCGGAGCUCGCGGAGCGCGUGACGAUCCCGUCCGCGCUGGUGACCAAGUCGGUGGGCGACGCGUUGCGAGAGGCGAUCGUCGCCAAAAACCAGGUCCCGCUCGUCGCGCUGGACUGGAGCGACAGCAUCGCGUCCCCGGACGCGCGCGUGGAGUGGGAGCUGUGGCACAGCACGAACCAGGUCUGCGGUCGCGUGUGCGCGCGCUUGGAGGCGUUCAUAAACGAGAUGGCGACGCCCGCGGCGAAGCUCGAGAAGUCCGGCGCGGCUUCGUUCUCGCCGCACUUCAUCACGUGGGCGUGUCGCAAAGAUUCCGUCGAAGAGAGCGACUGCGAUAGGCUCUGCAUCAACAAAGGGCGGUAUUGCGCCCCGGACCCGAUCUCGGGCGUGGACGUCGACGCCGCGACGGUCGCGGCGGUGAGGAAGCACGGGUACAACGGCACGCACGUCGCGCGGGAGAACCUUCGGCAGCUGUGCCUGCACAAAGAGUUAAACCGCAACGUGACUCUAAACGGCGAAGGGACAACCACCAACGCAUCGUCGCCGCCGUCGCCCGCGCCGUGGCUGUGGUGGACGUACGCGACGCGUCACAACGCGGAGUGCAAGAUGACCGCGGGACAGUUUAACAGAGAGUGCUCCGCGAGAGUCAUGGCCGGGCACGGCUUGUCCGAGGCAUUCGUCGACCGCGUGGAAAAGUGCGUCGGGGACGUCGACGCGGACGCGGAUAACCCGACGAUGGAGCUCGAGCUGAGGCUUCAGGACGACCUCGACGACAGCGGCCGCGGCGCCAUCGUGCUGAUGCCGACCGUCGUGAUCAACCUCGAUCAGUACCGCGGUCGGCUGACCGGCGCGGACGCGCUGAGAGCGAUCUGCGCCGGGUACCGCGAGACCACGGAGCCCGCGGUGUGCCUCGCGCGCGGGAUGGAGACGAACGAGUGCGAGGCCCCGGGGAACGCGGGGUGCUGGCACUACGCCGACCCGGCGUCGGGGAAAAACUUCUCCGCGUGUCGAGACACGUUCAGAGGAUACGAGUGCGUCUGCCCGCCCGGGUUCAAAGGCGACGGCGCGACGUGCGAGGACGUCGACGAGUGCGACGACCCGUCGUUGAACGACUGCGAGCAGACGUGCGCGAACGAGGUCGGCGGGCACGCGUGCGCGUGCGACGCCGGAUACAAGCUCGUCGGCGGGUUCUCGUGCGUGUUGAUCGACGAGUGCCUCGAGAGCGGCGACAACGGCGGGUGCGACCAACGAUGCGUCGCGCGUCCCGGCGGGCACUCGUGCGCGUGCAUCGAAGGGUACGCCCUGCAGAAGGACGGGCAGAAGUGUAAGCUCCCGGGAGGCGGCGUCCGCGGCGGGGGCGGCGGCGGCGUCGGCGGCGGGACGAUCUUCUUCGCGAUGGCGCUCGUCCUCCUCGUCGUCGGCGGCGCGGGGUACGGCGCGUAUCAGUGGAAGCUCCGAUCGCAUAUCGACGGCGAAGUCCGCGCGAUCAUGAAGGACUACCUCCCUCUGGAGGAUCACGAUCGAGGCGCGAGCGGCGGCGGCGGCGGCGGCGGCGCGAGCGGGUCGCCGCCUGAGGCGCGGCCGCUUCACCUCCUGACAGCGCUCGACGUGCUGUUGCCGCUCGAGGAAGAGCGGCCGCAGCUCGUCGUCGUCGAGAUCCUCGGAGUCCCCGUCCUCGUACUCGACGUGAAAGUAUCCCGUCUCCGGGUCGUAAGACGUCACCUCGCCGACGUAGUCUACGCCGUCGUCGAACCUUUUCCGCAUUUUGCGUCCGACGAUCGCCGCCGCCUCAACCUCGCACCGCUCGCGUUUCAGUAG